CGGAGGGCGCGCGCCUGCGCUAGAGGCGGCGGAUUCGAACGGCGGAGAGCGGUUGGGCGGGAGGCGUUGGGCCCCUUCCCGGUGGCAGCGGCGGUGGCCUCAGCGGGAAGAGGAGAAGGGCGAUGAAGCGCACGGCGCCCCGCAGCACUUUGCGGAAAAUCAUCAAGAAGCACAAGCCUGAGCUACGCCUGGCGGCUAACGCCGACCUGCUGGUGCAUUUGAACUUCUUACUGUUUCUCCAUCGGCUAGCAGAAGAAGCCAGGACCAAUGCUUUUGAGAAAAAAAGUAAAAUUAUUAAGCCUGAGCACACUAUAGCUGCAGCAAAGAUUAUUUUAAAGAAAAGCAGAGGCUAGGAAACAGACGGCUGGAAUUUGAAAGCAUGUUUUUUCUGUGUUUCUAAUGUAAGAGUCUAUAAGCCAGCUUUUUACUUGUGGAAGUGUUUAGUUUUGCUGAUGCCUAUCUUCUUACUGAGUAUCCUGCUGUUUCAAAAAAAAAAAAAAGUGUAAUGUAUAUUUUCUUACACUUCAUGCAUAAUUUUAAAAUGUGUUAGUUGUCAUUGAAGACCUUUAACAUACUGUAUUGCUUCCAUAAUGGAGGAAUGCCUAUGCCACGUUUCUGGUACGUGUCAUGUAUUAUUAAAAAACUGAAACUUUUAAAUGAGAACAGUAAUAAAAAUGCAGCUUUUGCUAAACUCGUUGUAGGCUAUGCAGUUCAAAGCAGGUUUGCUAGAUAUACAAAAUUUGGCUUUCAAAACAAUCAGUACAGAAACCGGUGUAUAAAGUACCUUGACUUAAAUGUAUUUAUAGAUGGUUUAAUAUUUUUAAAAGUAGGCUCAAACUUAUAUGUUCUGAGGUAAGAGUACACAUUUUGUGUUUCUAAGUCGUGCUCUGAACUGUUAUGCUGGGCUGUUGUUUGAUGUGGUAUACGAGACAACUUAGUGUGGACAGAUGCAACAUUAUGGAAAAGAUAUGGCAUUGCUGAUGUUUUUGAAGUUAGAUCCUGUACAAAUAGUGAAGAUAACUAGGCAUGAGUGCCAAGCUACAUCUUCCCCCCUUUUGAGUGUCACCCUAACUUGUCAGAAGUCUGGAAAUGUGCUUUAUAUAAAAAUACCUAUUUUAUUAAAGUCCUUUUCUAUUCCUUUUUGAUAUUUCAAACUGUUUUUUGUAGUUGUUUAACACUUUGCUUUAUAAAUCUUUUAAUAAAGAUAUAGUUGAAUCUCACAGUUUGAUCUGCUAGUACGGUUCUGUGGAAUGUGUGGUAGCUGAUCCUUUAUAUGGACACUGAGCUAUUGCUAAAAUAAAGAACUUUUUAAAAA